ACAACCCCUCCCCAACACCCCAGGCUGUCCUUCCCCCUUCCUGGCUCAGUUGGGUUUUCUCCUUCUGUUUUUACUUUCACUUAUGAUUCAGUGCCUCGGUGACGCCAGUCAGCGUCUCUCCUUCACUGCUCGUUUCCCCCUCCCCGCCCCCAAAUCGCAGACUUCGGGAGUCGGGAAUCAGCCCACAGCUACUGGGAUCAGUAGCGGAAGAUCAAAAUUUGGGAUGAAAAGCGAAGGACUUCAAUAGCCAAGGCUUUGGCGGCAUGCAAGCAGGAAGCGGAGGAGGAGGAGGGAGGAUCUCUGGCUUGAAACAGAUGACUGAUUUCAAGAUGUCCCUGUGGAGCCUUGUCUCCGAAAUGCCUCCAGAGCAGUUCAGUGGCCUCUUUGAAGAAUUUCCUCGUAGCCUGCGAUGCCUUCUGGGGGAUUGGUUAGAAAACCAGCCUUGGGAAUUCAUCAACAGCUCAGACUCCUUCUGUGCUAUUUUCAGUGACAGGCUGCUGUCUGCCAUGGUGGAGAAGCUACAAGACCUGGCCAAGAAAAACUGCCAGGCUGGCCCGAUUCUUCAGCUCAUUGCCAGCAUUGAGAAUAGCUAUCGGAGAGAGCCACUGCAGUUGGUGGGGAUUAUAAAAAGAAUCUUAGCAGGAGAACAAGCAGCAGUUCAACAGUUUCAGCAUGUCCCCCUCUUCAUCCAACGCCAACGGGAAGAGCUGAUGUUUGCAUUCAAUCUGCAGAAGCUGCAAUACAGAGUCCAGGAGAUCCAGGCACUCCAGGAGAGCUUGAAUCAGAUGAAUGGCAGCACAAGAGUUUCUUUGCAGCUGAACCCACAAUUUCCAGCACAAGAGGACUUGCAAGCAAGUUCACUCCACAACCUUCAAAAUCUAUUCCUGAAAGCAACCAGUGAGCUAGAAGGGGCCAAGAAACUGGUGCUGAUGAGAUGUCUGAUCUGGAAGAGGCAGCAACAGCUGGCUGGGAAUGGGACUCGCUUUGAUGAGGACUUGGCUCCACUCCAGAAAAGAUUUGAAAGCCUGGUGGACAUUGGCUUCCAGCUCCGCCUGCAGUUGGUAGCCUCUGGAAUUCAGCUGAGCUCUGAGCUUCAGGAACGUCUGGAUAACGUAUCCAGUGCCCUCAUCAAAAACUCAUUCCUGGUGGACAAACAGCCCCUGCAAGUUCUGAAGACCCAAACCAAAUUUCAGGCCAGCACCCGUUUCCUGCUGGGGCCUCAAUUGCUGAAGUCUCCACAAGCCUUCACGGUCACGGCUGACAUUGUGACGGAGAAACAGGCCCGGGAAUUGGCUACCAGCCAUCCUGAGGUUAUUCUCAGUGAAAACACAGGAGAAAUUGUGAACAGCACAGCACCUUUGGAGACAAAUGCAACAAGCAAUGCCUGCUGUGCUCUCUUUAAGAAUAUGCUCCUAAAAAAGAUCAAGCGCUGCGAUCGCAAGAGCACUGAAUCUGUGACUGAAGAGAAAUGCGCUAUCCUCUUCAGUGCCAGUGUUAACCUUGGCCCCAACAAAACCACCUUCCACCUGCAGGCCCUGUCGCUUCCUGUUGUGGUGAUCGUCCAUGGCAACCAGGAGAACAAUGCCAAAGCCACCAUCUUAUGGGACAAUGCUUUUGCUGUUGCUAAUCGCAUCCCUUUCAUGGUGGCUGAGCGUGUCAGCUGGGAAUCCAUGUGUGAGACUCUCAACCAGAAGUUCAUGGCUGAGGUGGAGACAAAGCAAGGGCUGCUCAAGGAGCACUACUACUUCUUGGCGCAGAAGAUUUUUGGUGACAGUAACACUGGUCCUGAGGAUUUCCAGACACGCCAAGUGUCGUGGUCCCAGUUCAAUAAGGAGAUUCUUCCAGGCCGAGGAUUCACAUUCUGGCAGUGGUUUGACGGAAUCCUUUACCUCACCAAGAAGCACCUGAAGGAUUACUGGUCUGACCAACUCAUCAUGGGCUUUGUCAGCAAGCAGUAUGUUUUCAAUUGCCUGAGCAAUGCGCCAGCCGGCACUUUCCUGCUGCGCUUCAGUGACUCUGAGAUUGGUGGCAUCAGCAUUGCCUACGUCACCUACUUGCAGGAUGGUUCCACUCAGGUGGAGAACAUCCAGCCGUUCACAACGAAGCAACUGUCCAUCUGUAGCCUGGCUGACUGUGUUCUGGAUCUGCCGCCGCUUGAGAUGCUGUAUCCUGAGAGGCCUAAACGUGAGGCUUUCAGGAGAGUAGACAUGCCAAAGAAGUUUAAAGAGUAUCAACCAGCCAAGAUUACGAUGACGAUACCUUGUUCAUUCCCUGGUUCAUCGAUUCAGACCCCAGUCGGGUCCAUGAGCAAUCUUAACAUAAAUCCUGGAAUCCCUUCUGGUCCUCCUUAUCAUGACCCUCAGCCGAUGAUUCCACCAUCUAUGGGCAUGUCUCCCUCCAUCAGCACAACAUAUGGAAGUCCACAUUUGCUGCCUGAAUCAAUGAACUACCCAUACCCCAUGGGAAAUGCUUCACCCCUUGGCUCAAUGGAUAUAUACCUCGGGUCUCAUGAUGUGGAUAUGCCAGAGGUCUCAUGUAAUGAGGACUCCAUAACCUCUGCAGGGGAUCUUCCGUACCCUGUCCUGCCAAACCUGAUAACGGUGCCUGAGACAAUUUCCCCACCCUCCGAUGAAGAGCUGGUUCAACUGCUAUAUCCUGAGCAAGAGAUGAAUCGCUAUUGUCAGAAUCUGGGAUGACCAACAUCAGCUCAUAACCUUCACAUCUAAUGCUUUGGAGGGACUUUUAUGGAAUGCACAGCAAUCAAGAGUGGGCAUAAUGCCAGAGCAGUGGCGGUCGAUGCUCCCCACCCCCCAAAAUCCUUAUGGGGCAUAAGAAGCUCCCCCCCUGGCUCCAGACACAUGCCCUUCUCCCCCUAUCUCUUUAAUCUCCCUCCUCUCUUUAAUCAAGGAAUCCUUGGAUUUUGUGCUGGGUCUGAUCUGUGAAUUGAUAUGCCCUGCGAAAAUUUCCCAGUUUUGCCUAGCCAGAGGAGUAAUAGAGGAAGGUGCCUUAUCCCGAGUUAAGACCAUUGGUCCAUCUAGCUCAGUAUUUUCUACACUGGCUGGCUGUGGCUGUUUGGGUUUCAGACGAGGGGCUUUCCUGGUCCCACCUCGAGAUGCUAGGGACUGAGCUUAGAACUUUUUGCAUCCAAAGCAGGUGUUCCACCAUUGAGCUAUGAUUGCACCAGUGCAUCAGCACCGCUAUUUUGGAGCAGGACCAAGGCUCACAUUUACUUGCUGCUCAGCUCUAUCUUUUUCAGAGGAGGCAAUAUGGCCCUGGGUGCUUUACUGCUUGCCUGUGCUAUUUACUGAACUGUUGGGAGUGGAUGGGUUUGCCUUCUGGAUUUUUAUCCCCACUUGCAGCCCAGACAGAGGGAAGAGGGUAUUUUUCUCAGGAUCUACAGACUUGAAUGCUGCCUUCUUCAAUUAGUUUAGGGAGAUGCUUGGAUGGACUGCUGGUCAUUUCCUAUAUCUACUUUGGACUGCCGGGCACGUGGAAUUACUCCAAACUGGCACUACUGUCUUGCUUUUAGCUUCUGCUAUGGAAGGAGAAGACUCCUAGAGCUUUGAAAACCCACAAAUUGCAGUUGUCCCCAUCAAACCUUUUACUUCUGCCCAAUUGGAUGGAGCCCAUAUCCACCAUCAAACACACGUCCCAGAACUAUCUAAUUCCAAAGCAGUGUUGGCAUGAAUUUUGGGCUGUGAUACCUAGAUGGGAAAACUCUCUGCUGUUCCUCAUUCCUGAGAAAGUGUGGGAUUCAUUCUUUACCUUCACCACCAGGUAUCAAAAUCUCCUACCCCACCUUUCCUGUUAGUUUCCCUGUUACCCAGGCUUCAACCCCCAUCUGCCAAUGGCUCCUUAAUCCCACCUCACAACCUGUAAAGAGGCACAAAUAUAGAUGUUAAACUAAGCCAUAAAAUAAAGACUUUAUUCCAAAAUAACAAAAUAAAUAAUCUACUGUACACAUUACAAAGGAAAGGGUCCUAAUUUUCUCUAUAAAGACACCAAGGCUCUAUGGGAGAAGAUUGGGGGAGGGGGCAGAACCAAUAGCAGGUGGGCAUUGAUGUUUGCCUCAACAGGACAAUCUGUAUUUUGCCUCUGUGUGUUCUAACAGUACUUUACUCUGGAGAAAUUGGCUCUUGGACUGCUCCCCAGGACACAUUGCUGAAGAGUUGCUGCUCCUCCAUUUUUCUCUCCAUCCUGACAAGCAGUGGUUAUGCCAGGUUAUCGGGCACCUGUGGCCCUCCAGAUGUUGCUGGACUUCAAUUCCCAUCAGCAUAUCCAGUGGCCAGUGAUGGUAGGAAUGGUAGGCCAGCAACGUUUGGAGAGCAACAGGGUCCCCACUUUCUGGGUUAUGCCAUAUUCCCUUGCUCUACAAAAUGUAAUGUUGCCUUUCCCCAAGGUACUCCAGGGGAAUAUCAUCUGAUGUAUUGUGGUUUUGAUAUCAGCUGCCUUGGGAGGUGGGUUGUCCUGAAAAGCAGUGUAAUUAAGCCAAAAAAAGCCCAAUUUCCUCCUCUGCUCCAGAACCUUAGGUCUCCUUCCCUCACCCUUUUCUUGGUUACAGCACCUGCUCUACUCUUCAUUCACUUGAGAAGGGGCUGUAAUCAAGAAAUCUCCUGAAGGAGGAAAUGCUUCCCCUACACACCACAUGCAGGAUAGACGCUGCAGAACCAUUGUUUUCAUUCUGUUUGUGCUGUUCCUGGCCUUCUUAAAGGGCACUGUAGCCAGGAAGUGGUUACGCUCUAGAAAUGUCUGUACUGUGUCCCACUCAAAGAUCCCAAGACGCUCAGUGGUAAGGUACAACUGGAACUUCCAGCAAGUAACUGAAAAUUAAACCACUGUCUAUCGAACUGAGAACCUUAAACUAAAAGGUGGGAAUUCCACCAGUGAAUUAUCAAUGCAUACACCUGGGCUUUCUGUCUGUGCCUGUUUAUGGCUACCUUUUGCUAUCAUCAUCAUCAUGAUUUCUUACCCACCCUUUGCCAUAAGGUCCCAGGGCGGAUUAUAGCAGUAUAAAAAUGCAAUUGCACACCCGUUUCUUGUCUGCAUGCGACUGCUCCAAGUUGGAAGAACCACACAGCAACACAGGGGCAUUCAAAUCAUCAUGUGCCCUUGGUGUACAUGGCUGGAGAGGCAGUACUGUUUCUGAAUCAGCCUGUACUGCACUACACUAUGCAGCAGGGCCCCGCUUUCCGGUGUUCCGCUGAUGCGGUGGCUUUCAAUUAGAGAAAAGUCCCCGUUUUAAAGAAGAUUUUGCGCUUUUGCAGCAUUUUUGCACGACACAACCCAUUAUAGUCAAUGGGUUCUGCUUUACGGCGAUUUCCACUUUACGGCGGGGGCCUGGUCCCUAAACCGCCGUAUAAGCGGGCCCCUGCUGUAUCUUGGUGUUGAGGAUACUUGAUUUCUCUCUCGGCUAUGGACUCCUCUUCCUGCUGCAUUAGAAUAGCAGGGACGAGAAGUAUGAGAUUAUCCUCCCCCCCCCAACAGCAUGAGCUGGAUUGUCUCAGGAAAGGGAAGAGGGGUGAGAGAAAGAAGCUGCUAUAGUGAAGGAGUGAGGAUGGUGUUCCUUCUGGAUUUAACAAAGAGAAGAUCCACUUGUCUUUCCUCUCCCUUCUUGGGGCAUCUGCAGAUCACAUAAAGAUGGAGUGAAGGCAACAUGUCUUUUUUAAGUCAGUUCUCAUUCCUGCAUCUAUAGAAUGUUGAUAGAAUUAGGGGGGGAAUAAUCUGCUGGUGGAAUGGGGGACGGAAGCAUACGUGUCGCCAGCAUGCCCAACCAACUAAUGGCAGUCAUUAAAUAAAUUCAUUUUGAUUAACUGAUCGAAUUCCCUUGGGCAGCCAUGUAAGCAAAGGGCCUCCCGGGAUUCCCAGAUGGGUGAGACUGAGCAGUGAUCAGUACCACUGGUGACUAUAAACGCUCACAGAAGGUCAAGACCAAGGGAGGGAAUAACGUUGGAGCUGCUUUCAGCUUUGUAUAGGAGAUCUACCAUAGAGAGCGACAGAUCUGAUGCACAGAUGAUGAAAGGAAUGUGUAUCGUUGGGGGGUAUUUUUGCAUGUGUAGGGGGGGUGCGUGGAGAGAAUGUGUUGUAUGUACACAUAUGGGAGGCGUUUGUGAGUCACUGCAUGAUUGUGGGUGUGGGGAGCAUUUGGAAAGAAGAUCUAUGUUUGUGGCUGAGAAACUAACAGCCUUUCUGGUCAGGGUAUAAAGUGUACUGAUGUGAUUUUUUUUUUAUGGCUAUGUACCCCCCGAGUUCCAGGCUCCACGUGAGGGGAAAGGCUGUGAGGUGAAUCUGACCUUCCAGUAGCCCCCCACAGGGCAAAGCCAGCCACAGAUUGGGUCUCCCUGAGCUCAUGGCUAUCACCUGCAGCCAGGAUGCCCUCCUCUUGCAGAGUUAGUAGGGUGACAGGCUUCUUACAGGAUGCACUUUCCUCAUCCAUAUGUUCCCACUUUGUGAUUGCAAGGCGGAAGGGAGGAAGGCAGUUUCUCCAUUUUGUGAAGAGAACUGGGAAUGAGUAAUAAAGAUGUGUUGUGCUAA